AUGUUUGUUCUUGGACUCUUGCCGCUGUUGCUGCUGCGGGUGUGCUGUAGCCGGGCGGCGGACAUUUCAGGGGAUGUGACUACCGAGUUCUCGGUCAGACUGUACCAUCAGCUCCAGGCGGCGGGGGGCGAGGACAACAUCAUCUUCUCCCCUCUGAGCGUGUCCCUGGCCCUGGGAAUGGUAGAGCUGGGAGCCAGAGGUUCCUCGCUGCAGGAAAUCAGAGAGGCAGUGGGUUACAGCCACUUCAGACAAGAUGAGGAGUUCUCUUUACUCAGGAACCUGACCCAGACCCUGUCUGUGGACGAGGCCCAGUACGUCGUUCGGCUCGCCAACUCCCUCUUCCUGCAGAACGGCGUCCAUUUCAACAAGGACUUCCUCCGUCUGAUGAAGAAGUACUUUAAGGCAGAGGUGGAGACGGUGGACUUCAGUGAGUCGGCGGCCGUAGCAGAACACAUCAACACAUGGGUGGAGAACCACACUGACAGUAAAAUCCACAGCCUGGUGUCAGCGGACGACUUCAGCAGUGUGACCCGGAUAGCCCUGGUCAACGCUGUGUAUUUUCGCGGCAGCUGGAAGAACCAGUUCCGACCAGAAAACACCAGAACUUUCUCCUUCAGUAAGGAUGAUGGGAGUGAAGUUCAGACUCUGAUGAUGUACCAGCAGGGAGAGUUUUACUAUGGCGAGUUCAGUGAUGGUACGUCGGAGGCUGGUGGCGUGUACCAGGUGUUGGAGAUGCCAUAUGAGGGAGAGGAGAUGAGUAUGAUGAUUGUGCUGCCGAGGCAGGAGGUUCCUCUGGCCACACUGGAGCCCAUCAUCAAAGCCCCACUGCUGGAAGACUGGGCCAACAAUGUCAAACGCCAGAAGGUGGAGGUCUACCUGCCCAGGUUUAAGGUGGAGCAGAAGAUUGAUCUGAGGGAGAGUCUAAAGGAGCUGGGCAUCAAGAAUAUCUUCACCAAGGAUGCAGACCUGUCUGCCAUGACUGCCGAGAUGUCUGAGGGGAAGGAUCUAUUCAUUGGGAGAGCAGUUCAGAAAGCUUAUCUGGAGGUGACUGAGGAAGGAGCAGAGGGAGCAGCAGGAUCAGGAAUGAUAGCUCUGACCAGAACACUGGUGCUGUAUCCACAAGUCAUGGCAGAUCAUCCUUUCUUUUUCAUUAUCAGAAACAGAAAGACAGGCUCUAUCCUCUUCAUGGGCAGAGUUAUGAACCCUGAAGUCAUAGAACCCAUUGACCAUGACUUCGACUCCGUGUAG